AUGGAAGUUGCUAUUGAACAGCUCAAGAGCUCUCGCUGGUCCGCGGAGAUUUCUCCCCAGCUUUCGGCUCGGUUAGUUGCUGCCCGCAGCAGCAGCAGCAGCAGCAGCAGCAGCAGCAAGUUCUCCCCUCACAGGGUCAGUAACAAGCUGCUGCUCCUGCAGCACGGGAGCAAGCGGCAGCAGCCUCAGCACUACACAGAGUGCAUGCAGCAGCAGCAGCCGGCGCAGCAGGAGCGGCAGCUGCAGAAAGUGCAACAGGAGCAGGAUCAGCAGCAGCAGCAGCACGCGCAGCAGCAGCAGCAGUUGCUGCUGCAGCAAAGCACUGCCACAAACGCAGCGCCGGUCGAGAAGGUUUCUGAGCAACAGGUGCCGUCCCAGACCACUGCAGCAGCAGCUGCAGCAGCAACAACAGCAGCAGCAGCGCCGGCAACAGCAACAGCAACUACAGCGCCAACAGCAGCGGCAGCAGCAGCCGCUGCUGCUGCUCUCGUCAGCCCACCUAGAAGCCCUCCGGAUAGCGGGCGUGCUGGAGGUGCAAAGACACCGCAGCAGCUUUCCAGCCACAGAUCCUUCCUGCAGCAGCAGCAGCAGCAGCAGCAGCAGCAGCAGCAGCUUUCGCCUUCGCCCAGAACCCCCAGCACGCCCCCCACCUUCUCUCGCCCGACGCUGCAGAGCCCUCACCACAAGGGUAUUCCUGUGAGGCGAUACAGCAGCGCAGGGGCUGCGCAGCAGCGGCAGCAGCAGCAGCAGCAGCAGCAGCAGCGGCAGCAAGAACCCUCUCAGCAGCAGCAACAGCACCUGCAUCAGCAGCAGCAGCAUCUGGAUUUGUCCCAGAAACGCCGCGUUAACACCACCCAUCACAUAGCCCAGCAAGCGCAGCACAAGCAGCAGCAGCAGCAGCAGCAGCAGCAGCAGCUGCAGCAGCAAGGCCAGCCCGUCUGUGCGGAAAUCAGUGAGACUCCCUAUGCUUCUUUUAAUUCUUUUUCUGCAUAUGUCUAA